AUGCAGACGCCGCAUGAGCACGAGGCAAACGAGCGCGUGGUGUACAGCGGUCUAGAAACCGACUCUCCCCGGCCACAAUCUGCUGCUGAGUCCGGACGAUGGCUCUUCUUCCGCGCAUUCUCGUGGAGCUGCGCUGGCCGCGGGGACGAAAGCCGCUGGAGACGGUCACUGCGGCCAUCGGCUGUACCCUCGACCGCGUUAUUCUCUCUUUGA